GCACCAGAUAGAAAUUGGAGGAAACUUAUGGAAAGGGAAAACAAGCAGACCAGAGAGACUGGGCGUACAGAAUAUAAUGCAACCGUACGGCAACUAGUAGAAUUCGUCCGUAAACGUGAUCCUCGCUACAAGAAAUAUAACGAAUUUAUUUCGGAACAGAAUGCCGCCAAACAAGCUGAGGCCAAAAAACGCGCAGCUCGUGAUCGUGCAGAAUACCUCGCUAGCUUACAACAAUAUACCGAACAAGAAUGGGCCAGAGUCGACAAUGAAGAGGAAGAGGUUAUUGAAACAGACGAUGACGAGAUAGAAGAGGAAUAUGUGUGUAUUGCAUGUAACAAGAAUUUUAAACAUGAAAAGGCAUGGAAUAGUCAUGAGCGUAGCAAAAAGCACCUGAAGAACUUGUGGCUAUUACAGCGAAUGAUGAAAGACGAUGCAAACAUGAGUGACCCUAAUAACGAAGAGGCCGAUAAGGGCGACGACGAGAUUGAGAACGGAGUUGGUAAUGAUAUCGAUGAAAAAGAUACAUCGCAGGAUCAGGUAGAAGAUGCAGCCAAAGUUGAUAACAUUUCAGUUUCUUCGACAAGCCCCAGGAAAUCGAAAAAGCAGAAAAAAAAACAACGUAAGCCCAAUUGGGGUUAUGGAAAUAUCAAUGAAGAGGAUCAAACAGCUCCUGUCGGAAAAACGUCGGACGAUGAACUAGCAGAAGCUCUAGCAUCUAAUGUCAAUAUCACGGAUGACGAUAACCAUCAUCUAACAACGAGGAGUGCGUUCGAAGAUGAUGAAUGCUCAAAUCCAGUAGACGUGAGUGAAAUUGCGCUGCCGAGCUUCUAUGGCUUUGCUGAGGUCUACAGACGAAGGGAGUCAAAAUCAGGGCUGAGAACAACAUUGCUCAAGGAAUCCAACUGGCGAAAUCAGGCAGAAAGCACAUGCCUUUCUGGAGUUUCUGGAAGUCCUUUGCAAUGGCCUCUUGCGACAUUGAUCACGAAUUUUGCGGUAGAGUCAUUAUCAUGGCUAUUACGUGCGUGUUGUGCAGAAGUGAAAUGUGACGUCACAUUAUUUUUCGUUGGCAAAAAAG